UUGCGCUGCCCUUCCUCCCCGUGCCAGGGGUACCAGGCACAGCACCAUGCCCCACUGGGAGAACACAGCCGCGCUGCCCCCAGCAUGGCUGCCUAGGCGGACGGCAAGAUGGAAAAUUUUGAGUACAGCAUCCAGCUGAACAACCGGGACUGGGCUGAAUUCUACUUGGCCUCUGAAGAAUGCAGUCUGAGCCAGCCGGCCUUGGCCACAGCUGACGAGCAGCUCCUGAGCGACCUUGAGGACGGGGAAGCCGAGGAGAACAGGCCGAUCCAAACAAGGGCAGGCCCCAUCCUGGCCCACGGCACGAGCGGCUGCCUCUCACAUGGACACCCUCACAUGGACACCCUCUUGCCCAGCAGCAGGGACAAAUCCAGUGCAGGAUCAGUCAGCGGACCUCCGGGUGGCGACAAGCACGGUGGGACAGCUUUCUCUCAGUCUUCUCGCGGCCAGGAAGGUCAGCUGUCCCACGGCACUCUGAGGCCACUGGGAAGCCGGUGUGGGCUGCCAGAACCUGCCACGGGCUCUGAGGCGGCAUUUGCUGCCAAGGAAGGAGAACUGGAGAGAGCAGAGAAGCUCACAAGUCCUCGCUGUCUCCUAGCAGUGGUGACAGCUCCUGCCGCCCAGGAGAAGGACUCCUCAGUUCACCGCCCGGGGCAGGGGGCAGGAGAAAGCCCUGCUGGUGCGGUGCCCACGAGCCUGGAUGCCGCGGUGAGGAUGGACAACCCAGUGGGAGAAAAAGGAAGGGCCCCUCCCUGCCUGGGGUCCCAGCACCCCAAGGAAGACGUCUCCCAGGCUGCCUCCGCAGACUUCCGACUUCCAGCUUCCGCAGGCGGCACUGCAGGUUCCGAUAAGCCAGGCGUGUCAAGCGAUCCAGCUGCACAUCCAGCUCCUGCACGUUUCGCUUCCCCGGUUUCCAUAGAGCCUGGAGAAGCAGGGCGCUUGGAGAAGGGCACCCAGCCCCGCCAGACUGUCUUGCCAACCCAGGCCCCACCACUCCAGGAAAAGCUUCCCCUCUUUCACGGACCUCCAGGUCCAGCCACGAAGGACUUGGCACCUUCUGGCCCACCAUGGGAGAAGCAUGGAGAAUGCUCUGCAGGGAAGGGGAGCCAGAAAGGCGAGCGUGCCACCCACCUCAGAGAUGAGCAGGGAGCUGGUUGUGGCACAGGCGUAGGCCAUGGCUUCGUCAAAGCAGGGGGCUCCGAUGGCAGGCCGGGGAGCUCUCCCAGGGACAGCAGGGCGCAGCAUUUUCCAGGAGAACGAAGGCCAACACGAGCAACUGGCUCCACACGCAACGGACUCUCAGACGCACACAGAGAACCUGCUCCAUUAGCAGGAAGGGCAGAGAGGGAGGGCACUGCCGGACCUCCUCGCCCCCUUGGCACGGCUGCCCCACGUCCAGGGGAAUCGCUUCCCUUGCUUCGUGCGGGCCAGAGGGCCAGUUCCUCUGCAGAGCCCACUCGCCCUCGUCCGACAGCACCAGACCCUCCGGAGAGCAGUUUCGCCACCACAACGUGGCCAGAUGUGUACGAGUACUUCUUUUGCGAUGACACCCAGGAGAAAGGGGGGACGCUGGGAGAGGGGAUGGGGGUCUCUGCCGCUGAUGAGGCGCUGCCCCAGAUGGAGGGGCCUGACAUGUAUGAAUAUUUUUUCAGCGAGGUGGGUGAGGCCCAGGUGGAGGAGGGCCGUGGGGCCAGAGUGGCCACCCGGGACUGUACUGCAGUGGCACCGGGUGGCUUGGAGGACAUAAUGGCUGCGGCGGCUGGUGACGCCAUGCACUUCUCCGUCCCAGAGGUGUAUGAGCACUUCUUUGCCAGCCAUGGAAAGAGAGAAAGAAACUGGAGGGCAUUUUUCCUGAGCUUGCCAGCCUCAGAGGCAAAGAAGGUUGUGAGAGCGUUGAAAUCCCUCCUGUGCAGAGCGGCACGCCAUUCCCGAUCCCAGCCCGUGGUGCACGGCGCUUUGCUGCGGAGGGGUCCCGAAGGGAGGCUGGUGCUUCUGUCUCCAGGUCCCUUGGAUGAACAGCAACCGAGACCAGGAGACCUAAGAAUGGCUCUUAUGGAACCAGGGGAAAAAACACGCUGGUCCUUCUUUCCCUCAGAAAGGCCCCUCCAGCCGGUUUUCACGCACAGGGACAUGUGCCUGGGCUUCAUGGCAUUUGCUUCGUGGGCUGUGAAGACCUCUGACCUGCAGGCUCCGGAUGCCUGGAAGAUCGUGCUGCUGGCAAAUUUUGGCACCUUCUCAGCCAUUCGCUACUUCAGACGGCAGGUCUACAUGGACAGACAGCAUGAGAGCUAAGAGGAUUCUACCCAAGCCCACCUGUUCCUGGCCAGUCGACGGAGAUGGUUUGGAAGGAGUGCCAUGGCGUCGUUUAAGGAAGAGAUCCAACGUUUUGGUCGUUUGCUUCCUGGACUAUAGAGCUCACUGCUAUAACCUUCUACUUGGUAAAGGAGGCCAACAGGCAAGAAAGGUGAUGGAGCCCUCCAUGGAUUUUGGUUCCAACAUCAUUGGGCUGUAUAGGCAAGAGAAGGCAUCAAGCCCGAAACGUCAAUUUCUGUCUCAGUCAGAAGUAUAUCUUGAACUCCUGGGAGAAGCUGGUCUAUAAAUAAAUAACCCAAGUAGCAUCCAGUUGGUAGCUAGCUAGACAGCUGCACAUGGGAGACGCAACAGCUAAGGGAUAACUGAAAGGUAUUACUUUUUUCCCAAGAAGGAUGUUGAAAGGAUUUAGAGGCAGGUUUCAUGGAUGGUAGAAAGCACCAAAAAUAAAAAAAACCCUACAAAAACAGAAGUCUAGAAGGCAAGUUAUUAGAAGGGUGAUCCAACAGGAUGACUUUAAUGGCGAGAAGAUGUGGGUUAGGAGGACAGAAAAAGACGUGGAUAUGGAUGGCUUCCAUGUAUUUAAAUGAAUAUUUGAAAAGAAGACCAAGGGGAAGAUGGUUUAUUGUACCCUAUGAUAGAAACAAAGAAAUAAAGAGGAGGAAAACACAGAAUUAAGGCAAGCAAUGCCCAGAGACAAGGCCCUUCUAAAGAUCAUUAAAGGGCCUAGCCAGUUUCCGUAAGAAUGAGGAAAUGGACAUAUUUAUAUGUUAUUAGCACUGGCAAACCUUUUCAGUAUUAAAGUUCCUGUCCUUUUCACUGCAGUGUAGAUAAAGGAAAUUUGGGCAGAAUAAGUAGCAUUUUUGUAGACUGAACUGAACCGAUGGAUUUUUUUGGAAAUAACAGACAUGCAUGAUUCUUUUGUAUAUUUAUGUAUAUUGAAGAGCUCUAUCAAACAAGUCCGCACAUCUCUAGCUAAAAUGUUUGCAUCAGGAAAUGACCUGGUUUGCUGUGUGAGUUGGGGGCUUGUAAAGUAACAAAGCUGUCUGACAAAGAGUGGUAUGUAACUUGGAAAGUUUGCGAAUUCCCACCCUAAUGGAGGUUGUGUCAAUAAAAGAUCCCUCCUCA